UAAUCCAUUCAAGAAUUCUGUGCAUUGCUUGGCUCAGAUAUACCAGUCCAACCGAACACAAACUUACUGCUGAGGAUGUGUAGCCUGUCUUCCUUUACUAUUUGACAGUUUGAACACGUCACUAAGGUAUCACUGCCUUUUGGGAGAAGAAACAUAUUGCUGUGAAUUUAUCACUUGAUGAUGAUUCAUCAAAGAAAUUUAACUUUUGGUGGCAUGGAAAAUGUACAUUGGUUAACAUGCACAAUUAGGCAGUUUGUAAGUAGAGUUGUGAACUCACCGUUUUCUCUUCUUUGUUUGGAUCCUAAUCUUGAAGUCAUUGUUUUGAAGAAAGUGAUUCUAAAUUGGGAUAAGCUUGAUAUACUUUUUCUUAUUAUUGCUUAAAAGAUGAGUCAUUCAACUUCUCAAGCAGCCCUCUUUAGCAAUUGAGGCUGCCCAAGAAGCUUGAUUUGCCAAAAGAACAACAUACACUCUGGAACAAACUAUUUGGAAGUAAGCUGCAAAACACCUCAGGUUGUCCAUUCGGCUUAAUUUUACAAAACAGACUGUUCAAUCCUUUUUAAGAUUCCAAACACAAAAAUAAAAUCACUAUCUUGUGUGUUUUAUAACGUUGCAUAAAACUGUCUGCCCAAAGAAGUGCACUGUCACCAUAGAAUGUAGGAGUUGAAGUACCUAAUAUCUGUAUUGGUGAUUGCAUUGAUGCUCUGUUAAGUAGUUAUCUAGUUAUCUUCCUCCAACUUUGUUUUAUCAGAUUAAAGUUUCUGCUUAGGUCACUGAAGCACUUUCGAGGGCUGGCCUCGAGUCUUCCAAUCUUAUUGUUGGUAUUGAUUUCACGAAGAGCAACGAGUGGACAGGUAAAGUUUCAUUUGGAAGACGAAGUUUGCAUCAUAUAGGUGAUACACCGAAUCCUUAUGAACAAGCUAUUUCUAUACUUGGGAGAACCUUAUCAAGGUUUGAUGAAGAUAACUUGAUUCCAUGCUUUGGAUUUGGAGAUGCAUUAACGCAUGAUCAAGAUAUCUUUAGUUUUUAUCCUGAUGGAAUGUCAUCUAAUGGGUUUCAAGAUGCUUUGCGGAAAUAUAGAGAGCUUGUGUGCCAUUUGCAUUUGUCUGGUCCAACCUCUUUUGCACCGCUAAUUGAAAUGGCUAUGACCAUUGUAGAACAAAGUGGUGGUCAAUACCAUGUUUUAGUGAUAAUCGCAGAUGGUCAGGUUACAAGAAGUGUAGACACUCAAUCUGGUCAUCUGAGCCCCCAAGAACAGAAGACCGUUGAUGCCAUAGUUAAAGCAAGUGAAUUUCCACUGUCCAUAAUUUUGGUUGGAGUUGGAGAUGGCCCUUGGGACAUGAUGAAAGAAUUUGAUGACAAUAUCCCUGACCGUGCCUUUGAUAAUUUUCAGUUUGUCAAUUUUACCGAGAUAAUGUCAAGGAAUAUACCUCAAACAAGAAAAGAAGCAGUAUUUGCUCUUGCAGCAUUGAUGGAAAUACCUUCCCAGUACAAGGCAACCGUAGAACUGGGGAUUUUGGGCCGUCAAUCUGGAAAGUCUCCACAGAGGGUCCCUCUUCCUCCACCUAUUGGAGGUUACAAUGCAUCAUCCGUUUCAACUAAUAGUUACAAAUCGACAAGUUUCCAGAGGAGUGCUCCACUUUAUCCCGAGUAUGAAACAACUUCUAGUGCACCUCCGGCACCAGCCAGUUCUUCAUUAGAACCACAGGUCUGCCCCAUUUGCCUCACCAAUGCGAGAGAUAUGGCCUUCGGCUGUGGGCACCUGACAUGUUCGGAAUGCGGACCGAGUCUUCAGACAUGCCCUAUCUGCCGCAGAGAAAUCAGUACCAGGAUAAAGCUAUACUGAUCAAUCGACAAACAGUAAAACUGAAACCCAUUCCCUGAUAAUUACUGAAUGGUUAAAUUUGUGUAUGCGAAUGCGCAAAUUUCAACCACGUGCAGUAAGAAUAUAACAUUCGAUUACGUUUUUUUCCCGUUAAGUAAUUGAGGUCCUAUUUGUUUGAUAUAACCAAAUAUUAGUAUAUAGCCUUAGCUCUAGAAAACGAAGAAAGAAGUGUGCAAGCAGUCUCAGCAAAGUAACAUUCCGUAUGCAAGUUUCUUUCCAAGUUUGUAGGUUCAUGUAAAUUGUGCAUGUCUUUUCCACCGGUCUAUAAUUCGCCUAUGUAAUUUUUUACUUCUGUUUACUAAUGUCUAAUUUCCUUUCCAAGUAA